AUGGUCAAAAUGAAUCUGGAAGAGCUCCAUCGUUCUCUUUCGCUCGAUGGCUCCCCCAGGCGGCCAGAGUGCAGGAACCGGACUAUAGGCGGUGUGGGGAACACGGCCACAUCCAACGGGAGUGCCCUGUGGUGGAUGUUGAGGCUGUUGGGCCCACUGAGGACGCCACUGACAUCGCUGCUCUUGGUCCAGCACCACGAUACUGAGUUCCAUGAGAAUGUGCGUUUGUCUAAAUCCCUCAAUCCAAAGGAGGAGGAAUAUGUUAAAGGGAGACAAGCGGUGGUGGAAAAAUGUCUAAAGGACAAUGGGAUUAAAUAUAAACAGGAACAUGUCCCUGUCAUUGCUGUCCUGGGCUCAGGAGGAGGUGAAAGGGCCAUGGUGGGACUGCUGGGCUCUUUGGCUCAGAUGGCAGAGGAGAAACUGCUGGACAGCAUUACCUAUCUGUGUGGAGUGUCAGGGUCCACCUGGUGUAUGGCAUCACUGUAUGAAGAUCCCUGCUGGUCUUUGAAAGUACCCACUAACAAGGACAAACUUAUGGAGAGACUCUCAGAUGGAGAAUUCAAUAUAUCAGAAAUGUUGGACUGGCUAAAUGAAGCUGUAGAAGAUGAGAAUUACUCACUGACUGAUUUUUGGGCUGCGACUGUUGUUUAUCGUACUGUGAAAAAGAUAGAUAGACACCAUCUCUCAGAGCAGAAAGACAGAGACACAACAAACCCAUAUCCCAUCUACACAGCCAUUGACAAGGGAAUGAAAGAAGACCAUCAGAAAACAUACCCCUGGUUUGAGGUCAGCCCUCAUGAAGCUGGAUACACCCAUGUGGGUGCCUAUGUGACCACGUCCCUCUUCGGGAGCCAGUUUGAGGAAGGAAUCGUAAAGAAACAGACUGAGGAAAAGGACAUGCUGUAUCUGCAAGGACUAUGCGGCAGUGCCCUUGCAGAUGUGGAAAACAACAAAACAGAAAUAGAGAAAUGGCUCUGGAACUGGAUCAAAAAAAUUUUUUCAGUGAUGACCAGUGAACAGAGUGCUGCGAAUGUGGAUCCUGUACAUCAGAUACUGAAUCAUCUUAUUCAGCUGUAUGACAAAUAUGAUGAUAAUGAUCAUGGCUGCUCUCUGCUACUGGAUCAUCUGAAAGAACAACCAGUGCAGAACCGCCUGAUGGUUCCCAGUGUGGAAUUACUGCUGAAACAUGCGUGGACGAACUUGAGCCCAGAGCUGAGACUGAAAUAUAUUUCAGAUCUUUCCAUUGAAAUCUGCAAUUCCCUUGAGGACUGGUUUGGUUCUUUAAGCAAAACUGCAAAAAUAAUAACGAAAACCAUCGUAGCGCUAUGUAGCUGGACCUGGGGCACCAAAUUCAACUUUCUACACAACUAUUCUGUAGAAGGGUCCCCAGUUGCAUUGGUGUCAGAUGAGAAGCGAUACCUGAUGGAUGCAGGACUCCUGUUGAACUCUCCCUAUGUGGCUGCCUUACGGCCGGAGAGGAAGGUGGACCUCAUUCUCUCCUUCGACUUCAGCAGCGAUGAUCCCUUCCAGACAAUCAGGCAAGCAGCAGAUUACUGUAAAGAGGCCGGAGUACCAUUCCCCACUGUGGUCAUUCCAGCAGGAGAGGAAGACAAACCUAAAGACUUCUAUGUGUUCAAAGAUGGAGAAAAAGCACCCAUCGUCAUCCACAUUCCGCUCUUCAACACUGUCAGCUGUGGAGACAACCUCGAGCAGUGGAGGAACAAUUACAAAACAUUUCAACUUCCAUACGAUAGGAAAAAGAUUGAGGAGGUUCUCUCCAUCUCUAGUCUGAACGUGAAGAACAACAAGCAGCAGAUCAUUGCAGAGAUCCAGGCAGUGUGCACAGAUUGA